AUGUUGACAGCCACUCCACGGACGCAUCCACAAGUCUCCAACGGUGACCCAACGCAAGGCCGUCCGUUACUACUGUCAAAGCUGUUAGAUCCAACCAAGAGCAGCAGAGGAGGAGAGGGUAUUUCAUUGCGAGGUAAACGUCUACGUGCUGUGACCAUCUUGGAGGCUCCUUAUAUGAUGAAGAAGGAGAAUGAGAAAGGGGAGCUGGAGUUUAGUGGAUUCGUGAAGGAUAUUGUAGAUCAGUUGUCAGAGAACAUGCGGUUCGAGUACGAGAUGUACGUGGUACGAGAUGGCACAUACGGAACACUAACAGAGAACGGCACAUGGACUGGGCUUAUUGGGGAGGUCAUUGAAGGGCGUGCAGACGUCGCCUUCGCUCCAGUCACUAUCAGUUCUGAACGGGAACAAGUCGUCGACUUCACCAACCCGUUUAUGGACUUGGGAGCGGGACUUCUGCUGAAAAAACCAGUCACCGAAGGAACCAAUGUCUUCGCCUUCUUGGAGCCAUUCAGAAGCACAGUCUGGUUUUCUAUCUUGGGCGCCAUUUUUGGUGUCGCCAUAUUGUUAUACGUUACCAGUAAACUUAGGUACCGGUGUAACGUUGGGAAGGACGACUAUGACAACGAUGCAAAGUUUAACUUCACAAACAGUCUCUGGCUGACAUACUGGUCAAUUGUUAGAAAAGGAGGAGAGCCUGCCCCCCGCUCCCUCCCCUCCCGUAUCCUGGCCGGUGCCUGGUGGUUCUUCACCCUGAUCGUCAUCUCCACCUACACGGCCAACCUCACGGCCUUCCUCACCGUCAAACGGCUCGUCUCGCCCAUCAAGUCUAUCGACGAUCUGGCAGGACAGACUGCGAUUCAGUACAGCGUCACAGAAGGCACAUUUCUGUACAGCUUCUUUAAAAGCCAAGAAGGGACUGGUUCUGUAUACGAGCGGAUGUGGUACACCAUGAAGGCCAAUGACCGCUUCCCGCCGACCAGCAUGAAAGGUGUGGACAUGGUCCGCAGCACUCACUUCGCCCUGAUCGAGGAAACGCCGUUCCUGGAGUACACAGUGAGAACUGACGAGGGAUGCGAACUGAUGUUGCUUGGAAAGCCCUUCCUGUUCAAAGGUUACGGCUUUUCCACGAAACGGGGAAGUCCGUUGAAAAAGCCGUUAUCAGUAGGGAUAUUAAAACUACAAGAGACAGGGUACAUGAGCGAGCUAAGAGACCGAUGGUGGCCAAAGAACGGAUGCCCGCUAGACGGUCAGACGUCCAAUGUCGACAAGGCCUCGGCCUUAGGGCUGGAAAUCUUCCAAGGUGUCUUCUAUGUGCUGGGAGCUGCAGCAGUGUUAGCCGUACUGGUGACGAUAGUACAGGUCGUGUACUACCGCUUCAUCAAGCACAGAAAACUGCCUGAUGCACCAGAGGAUAAAAAACAGCCGACGCACUACAGAAACGGGAUACUGCGCCGCACCACCACUGACGUAAACCUCUUCUGAGAAUAUCAACAGCG